ACUUAGGUCGACAUUUCCAAAGAUCCCGUCGUUGCUUCCCAACUGUUGGAAACCAAAACUCCAUCAACCACUUCGGUUUCAUCGAAACCCCCAAAACAUAACCCCACUCCCCUCCUCUUUUCUUUAUAUUCUCAUCACCUCACUGCUCUUUCUGUACAAUCCCCACGUUCAUAACCCAAUCUUCCUCCUCCUUUGCUUCGAACUGUAUUGACUUUGGGUGAUUCAAAUAAGAUAAAAGAAGAAAAUAUGGGAACGGCAGCAGCUCCUGACCCUUACAUGACCAACAUUAAACCUUGUAUUUCUUCUUCUCGUAAAAUUGUUGUCUCGACCAUGGUGAACAUCAUCGCUCAGCAUAAAGAGGCAUCAUGGUCAGGGCUUGCAAGUGCCUCUCACAUCUCGUCAAGGCAGCCGUUCCUCCAUAGGAUCACUUCAAAGCCUGUCAAGUUUGAAAAGUUUGUUACAAGAGCCAUGUCUGAACCAAGUGACAACAAGCCUUUGUCUGGACUUCCUAUUGAUUUGAGAGGUAAAAGAGCAUUUAUAGCUGGUGUUGCUGAUGACAAUGGAUAUGGUUGGGCAAUAGCAAAAUCUCUUGCUGCUGCUGGAGCUGAAAUUCUUGUUGGAACAUGGGUGCCUGCACUCAACAUAUUCGAGAGCAGUCUAAGACGUGGGAAAUUUGAUGAAUCACGCGUAUUGCCAGAUGGGUCAUUAAUGGAGAUCACCAAAGUUUAUCCCAUGGAUGCUGUUUAUGACUCUCCCGAGGAUGUACCUGUAGAUGUGAAAACAAACAAACGUUACGCCGGGUCUUCAAACUGGACAGUUCAGGAGCUUGUUGAAUGUGUGAAAAAGGAUUUUGGCAGCAUUGACAUUCUUGUUCACUCCCUUGCAAAUGGACCAGAGGUAAGCAAACCUCUUUUAGAGACAUCAAGAAAUGGAUAUCUUGCUGCCCUAUCUGCAUCAAGUUACUCCUAUAUUUCUCUACUCAAGCAUUUCCUUCCAAUAAUGAAUCCAGGAGGUGCUUCUAUUUCUCUAACAUACAUUGCUUCUGAAAGAAUAAUCCCAGGAUAUGGUGGAGGCAUGAGUUCAGCAAAGGCUGCUUUGGAGAGUGAUACUCGUGUACUGGCUUUUGAAGCUGGAAGAAAACACAAAGUCAGAGUCAACGCGAUUUCUGCAGGCCCGUUGAGGAGUAGAGCUGCAAAGGCAAUUGGAUUUAUUGACAUGAUGAUCGAUUACUCCCUGGCUAACGCACCCCUACAGAAAGAACUGUCAGCCGAGGAAGUGGGAAAUGCUGCCGCCUUUCUGGCGUCGCCGUUGUCUUCAGCUAUCACAGGGGCCGUUGUGUAUGUAGACAAUGGCCUAAAUGCAAUGGGAGUCGGAGUUGACAGUCCAAUAUUUGAGAACCUUGACAUUCCAAAAGACAACUGAAUCUACAAAUGGUCUUGACAAUUUUAUAUUUAGCUUAAAAUAAAUGUUGUUUCGGUCAAUGCAUUUAUAAUUACCACAUUCUGGAAUACAAACAGAUACUGUAAUAACAUUUAUACUUUGAAUUCAUGGUUUUGUUGAGUUAAUUAUAUGAUAUUUUGAAUUUUAGUUUA